ACGCAUCGCCAUGCCCCUUUCACAUGGAUAAGAACCACCGGCAAUGUGCGCUGCACCCACCUUCCUAGCCCACAGUAUUGCGAUUGGCAGCAAUAGAAUAACUUAGCAUGCCACUAAUCGUAGAAAGAACAUUAGCCGACCAUGCCCCGAAAAAUCUUUGAUCUCUCCCGACUCCGUGGGCGUCAAACUCAGGAAAGCCAGACCCGAAACCCUCAUCCGCCCUCGGGAGAUACCGAAACAGAGACAACAGGGUCUCACGAUAUGCAGUUUGGGUCGCCAUCCCUUGAUUCCCACAACUCCUUAGGCUUGCCCGCUGAUUCCAAAACUUCGAAGAAGCUCGACCAAGAAAACCAGCCUGCCACAACUAAGGGCAACAGCAACAGUAACAACAAACCCAUUUCUGGGAUAAUGAAGAACAACCACCACACCAACAACAUUGGCGCCUUGACACCGAGAGUUAUUGAAAGCUACAAGGAACACCAUCCAUCACAGGUAGCUCUGCUCGAGCUUCAGUCCUCUGUGGACUUUCUGAACACGAAGCUGCAACAGAGCGAGUCACAAGUCAGAGCCCUCCAAGCUCAGAACAGUCAACUUCAGGGUCUCUUUGAAAGGAUUCUCAAGAAGGCACACGAGAUUCAGGAGGAGGCCGACGAUGACACAGACGACGAGACUGUUAACCUACUCAACAAGCUGAAUCUAAUCGAAGAUGGCAUCCCACUAUCCGAAGACGAGGUGGGACAUGGUAACCAUCACCAAAAUUCAAGCAUGUUUUCCCACGAAGAGGCCGCCGAAAGACUCGCAAACAAGUACAAAGAACAAGUCCAAGGACUUCUCAUGGAGAGAGGUGUCUUGCAAAGAAAUGUUCAGCAACUAAAAGUGCAAAACAGAGUCCAGGCAGAAACAAUGGCCUCGCUGGAAAAGCAGCUCUUCACCGAGAGACAACAGCAGAGGAGUUUCUUCGACGAUAAAAUCAUUCAGACUUCGUCCAGUAGGCUGUCCAACAAGUCCUCCAGCAGUAGAAGGUCCAUGACUUACCAGCAGCAAAUAAGCCGAGUGGACAAGAAGAAGAAACAGCAAGGUCAGCAAAACAAAAACCCUGCUACACCAGCUUCCAUACUACAGAGCAACAGCAGGGCCGCGACCAGCAACAUUAACGGCUCCUCAGCGGAAUCAAAACCUCCCCGGAUUCUUCCUCCACCUAUUGAGCGAUCGGCUUGGUGUGAGGGCCAGACAAAGAAGUUCAUGUUGUAAGCCGUUUCGUGGGCAGCGAUUGUUAUGCACAAGACACAUCAACACUCCAUCCGCUGUUUUCGACGUCGGUUGCCAUACUCCGAGAAGGUCAUAAUUUAUACAUGUUAAUACAGUGCGCUAUGUAAGAUCAGGUACGACAGGUAAACCCAUCAUUUGAAUGAUAAAUGUAUAUGCAAUGGUGCCAGUAGUAAUAGAUAGCUCAGCGCAUCCAGGAAG